AUGGGGCUCGCGAGAAUGAUGGUGCAAUACCAGGAUGCCGAUUCUGGAUUCCUGGCAACCUUCAUCUCAUCCAUCCAUCAUUUCCCAGACCUUUUCCAUCUCUACACAUUUAUCACCAUGGCCGACGACGCAACCAAGGCAAAGCUCCGUGCCAAGUUCGACAAACUCACCCCUGCUGAUUUCCAGGCCGCUGCUGGCAGCAAGGAUGUCCUCGCCGACAAGGUCGCCGCUGCCUACGGGAUCUCCAAGGACGAGGCCUCCAAGCAAGUCGAAGAGGUCUUUUCAUCCUAG